CCAAAAUUCCUUUCGAAUAGAAUAUGACACCUUUGGAGAACUAAAGGUCCCAAAUGAUAAGUAUUACGGUGCUCAGACAGUGAGAUCUACCAUGAACUUCAAGAUUGGAGGUGCAACAGAACGGAUGCCUAUUCCAGUUAUUAAAGCUUUUGGCAUCUUAAAGCGAGCAGCCGCUGAAGUGAACCAAGGUUAUGGGCUUGAUCCAAAGCUUGCUAAUGCAAUAAUGAAGGCCGCAGAUGAGGUAGCUGAAGGUAAAUUAAAUGAUCAUUUUCCUCUGGUGGUAUGGCAAACUGGGUCAGGAACCCAGACGAAUAUGAAUGUGAAUGAAGUUAUUAGCAAUAGAGCAAUUGAAAUGUUAGGAGGUGAACUUGGCAGCAAGAAACCUGUGCAUCCUAAUGAUCACGUUAAUAAAAGCCAGAGCUCAAACGAUACUUUUCCUACUGCGAUGCACAUUGCCGCUGCAGUGGAGGUUCAUGAAGUACUGAUACCAGGACUGCAGAAGCUUCAUGAUGCCCUCAAUGCAAAAUCCAAGGAGUUUGCCCAGGUCAUCAAAAUUGGGCGAACUCACACGCAGGACGCUGUUCCACUUACUCUUGGACAGGAAUUUAGUGGUUAUGUUCAACAAGUGAAAUAUGCAAUGAAGAGAAUCAAAGCUGCCAUGCCGAGGAUCUACGAGCUCGCAGCAGGAGGCACUGCUGUGGGUACUGGGUUAAAUACAAGAAUUGGCUUUGCAGAGAAGGUUGCAGCCAAAGUGGCUGCCAUCACAGGCUUACCUUUUGUCACAGCACCAAAUAAAUUUGAAGCUCUGGCUGCUCAUGAUGCCUUGGUUGAACUCAGUGGAGCCAUGAACACCGCUGCCUGCAGUCUGAUGAAGAUAGCAAAUGAUAUCCGUUUUUUGGGUUCUGGUCCCCGAUCAGGGCUGGGAGAACUGAUUUUGCCUGAAAAUGAACCAGGAAGCAGCAUCAUGCCAGGAAAGGUGAAUCCCACGCAGUGUGAAGCAAUGACCAUGGUGGCCGCGCAGGUCAUGGGGAACCACGUUGCCGUCACCGUUGGAGGCAGCAAUGGACACUUUGAGUUGAAUGUUUUCAAGCCAAUGAUGGUGAGCUUGAAAUUGACAGGUCAGUCCUAUGAGAAUAUGGUGACUGAGAUCGUGUCAGUGGGCUAUGAAUGAGAGCAAAUAAUUGCAUCCCUAAGAACCAGUUUCAACAACCCUGACAGAGCAGUGGAAUAUCUUUUGAUGGAAAUCCCUGGAGAUAAAGUUAAAACUGUGGUCAAUCCCCCUCAAGCAGUUAGUAUGGGAGCACCUCCAUCUUUAGCAGUGGCUACAACUGCAGCGGCCACAACUACAGAAAUUUGUUCCACAGGACAUCCCCUUGAAUUUUUAUGGAAUCCACCUCAGUCUCAUCUGUUGAGAUGAGACAUUAUUCAACAGAAUCCUUCCCUGCUUCCAACAUUGCUACAAAAGAUAGGGCAAGAGAAUCCUCAGUUACUACAGCAAAUUAGCCAACACCAGGGGCAUUUUAUUCAGAUGGUAAAUGAACCAGUUCAAGAAGCCGGUGGUCAAGGAGGAGGGGAUUGAGGCGGCAGCAUUGGAAUUGCAGAAGCUGGAAGUGGUCAUAUGAACUUCAUUGAAGUAACACCUCAGGAAAAAGAAGCUAUAGAAAGGUUAAAGGCAGUAGGAUUUCCUGAAGGACUUGUGAUACAAGCAUAUUUUGCUUGUGAGAAGAAUGAUAAUUUGGCUGCCUGUUUUCCUCGAUAGCAGAACUUUGAUAAAGAUUGA